CAGUGCCUGUUGUCCUAAGGAAAAAGGGAAGAAUCUGAAAUAGGUCUCCGUCUCUCUUAGCUGUAUAUUGGAAACUGCAUCUCAUCUUAUGAGAGCAAAGAAACCAUACCAGUUAAAGAGUUGUCUUGCGUGGGCAUACUUGCAGACAAAACAGAGGCACCAUCUUGGUAAAGCAGGCAACACUUGGACUACAAUGCUGCUAAGAAAAGCCAUUCAGAAGACCAAGAUCUUCUUUCACAAAACCAUCCAAAAACUCAAGUUAUUUCUCUUUAGGGAAUACCAAAAGCUUCCCAAACCCCGUCCUCCCAAUCCCUUGUCCAGCCAAGGCAACAACCAGGACAUGCACCAUUCGGAUCAAUUCUAUGAAGGCUUCUCUGAGCCUCGGGAGUGCGAUAGUGACGAGGUGAUGAAGAGUGAGAAGACUGCAAUGUCCACCAAAGAGCUGAUCAUGAACCAGGAAGAUGGUUGCAGUGGAAGGGUCAGGAAGUUUGAAGAGCAAAGUGCUAAUAAAGGUGAAGAGAGGGCAAGGGAAGGGAAGAAAACAGGAAGCUUCUAUGAAGGCAAAGGAAAGCCAUGUUCUGAGAUAGCUAAUGGAGGGGGUAAUCUGUUGGCACAGAAAAUGAAAGAGUUAGAGAUGAUGGACAUUAAUGAUAUGGAGCAUGUAUUGGACAUUGAAGAGCUGUCAGCUGAAACUACAAAAUUUCAACAAAUCCACUUUCUGAAUUCAAAAAAAGAUUCAAGACUACUUCAAGACACAUAGCCGUGGUGAAUGUUUGAUAUUAACAAGCAAACAACUAACCGGGGUGAAAGUAGCACAGCC